AUGACAUUUCAUCCAAAAGAAUGGUUAAAUGGAUUUCGACGGAAUCCAAAAUAUCCACUUUUCGUCAAAGGUGAUAUUGACGGUUUUAUCGUUCUCUUCACCAACAAUUUAGCCACACUAUUAGCCAUCAUUCUAAGUGCAAAAACGAUUUUGGGAAAUGAUACUAUCUAUGGACGGAUGGUACCAGGAAUGUCUUUGGGUAUGUUAUGGGGCAAUUUCUAUUACGUCUACAUGGCUCGAAAAAUAGCUUACAGAGAACAACGUGGAGAUGUAUGUGUCAUGCCUUACGGGAUUAGCACAAUGGGUGCAUUUGCCUUCAUCUAUGCAAUUGUUCUGCCAACUUACAAUCAAUGUCUUUUAACUCGCAACAAAGCUCAUUGUGAAGAAUUAGCAUAUUACGUAGCAUUGGCAAGCAAUUUUGCAGUUGGUAUUAUUCUUCUUCUUCUUUGUAUUGUCGGUGAAUUCAUCCGACGGAAUACACCUCGAGUGGCUCUUCUUUCGUCACUUUCCGGUCUCGGAUUUGCUUAUUUGGCAAUGAAUGAAUGUUUACCAGUAAUUGCAAACCCAAUCGUAUCAUUUAUUCCAUUUUUUAUCAUCAUGGUUGGAUACUUUGGCGAGGUUAGCUUUGGUCCUAUCCCAGUAGUCGUUGUGGCUCUUGUGACAGGUACAGCUCUUGGUUGGGCAACAUCACUCAAUGAUGUUGCACAAGUUCGUGAUGCAUAUGAGUUGAUGAAAGGUUACAAAUUGAUUUUUCCAAUCAGAGAAAUGUUCAAACACAUGGAUGAAAUCAUGCCGUAUCUCUCGACAACAAUUCCCACUGCUAUAGCAAAUGCUAUUGUAACAAUUCAAUGCGUUGAAUCGGCUAGACAAGCUGGAGAUUUUUAUCCAACUCAAGAAGCGAUGUUUGCCGACGGAAUAGGCACUCUUAUAUCUAGUUUCUUUGGUUCAUUUCUUAGCAUGACGACUUACAUUGGUCAUCCUGCAAUGAAAAAGAUGGGCGCCAAACAAGGCUACUCAUUGCAAUCAAUCCGAUCAUUAUUUUUGUUGGUUUGUUAA